CGGCUCUGAACAUCCAUCCAUCCAUCCAUGCGUCCGACCUGUCGCGCCUGUCCCAGCGCCUCCUGCCUGUCCCUGUCCCCCUUGCCACGUAGGGGUACACGUUAGGAGCAGCUUAGCAAUUGAAUGUUGGCGAGUUUUUGUCCGAUUUUAGGACAUUAAUAUAUAAUGGGUGGAUCUCAGAGUAGUGCUAUUCCCGGAGGAGGCACCGAGGGAUAUCAUGUACUCAGGGUUCAGGAAAACUCUCCAGGGCACAAGGCAGGACUGGAAGCCUUCUUUGACUUCAUUGUUGCCAUUGGAAACACGCGUUUGAAUCAGGACAAUGACGUCCUCAAAGACAUCCUGAAGGCGAGCAUAGAGAAGCCUGUGGCGAUGACCGUCUACAGCAGCAAGACGCAGAUGGUGCGGGAUGUGGAGAUUGUGCCCUCGUCCAUGUGGGGAGGCCACGGCCUGCUCGGGGUUAGCAUCCGCUUCUGCUCCUUCGAGGGGGCCAAUGAGAACGUCUGGCACGUCCUGGACGUCAGUCCCCAAUCUCCGGCGGAAGCUGCAGGACUGAGGCCCUACGGUGACUACAUCAUCGGAUCUGACUCUGUGCUACAUGAGUCUGAAGACCUGUUCACCCUGAUUGAUGCCCACGAAGGCCGUCCACUGAAGUUGUAUGUCUACAACACGGACUCGGACAGCUGCCGAGAGCUCAGCAUCACCCCCAACAAGGCCUGGGGAGGAGACGGCAGCUUGGGCUGUGGCAUUGGAUACGGCUACCUCCACCGCAUUCCAACCAAGCCGGGCUCUGCAGCACCUGCAUGGACACCCGGCAAGCAUCCCAGUGAAGACGGCUUCUCUCCCGUCCAGUUAACGGCACCCAGCGUUGCGGGCAGCUCCACAGCCACGUUGCCCCACACGGUGCUCGGUGAAGGGGCUUGCAUGGCGGUGGAUCUGGGAGCUCCAAAUGCCAGUGAGAGUCGGCCACCUGUCGGUACUGCUCCCGCUCCCACUCCCACUCCCAGCACCGCCACCCCCACUCCCAGCGGCGAGCCGGACUGGUCCAGUACGUCGGGGCACCCCUCGGGCCAGGCAGGCCUGGUGCCCCUGACGACGCCCAUCAGUCUUCCAGGAAUGCCCCCCAUCACAGUGAGCGCCAGCCUUCCUCCCGAUGCUCUGGCCAGUCUGUCCAGUGAAGCUGCAGGUGGCAGUGGAGAAACUGCUAGCAAGGCACCCAUGGCCGCACCUCAGCACCUUUAGAAGAAGGGCCUGCUGUGGAAGCAUAAACAUUGCAGUUCUGUGUCCUACCAGGAAGACGGUUGGGGGGUUGGGGGGUGGGUGGGGGGGGUUGGGGGGUGGGUGGGGGGUGGGGGGAGGGUGGAGUUGGCUGCAACUUCCCACUAGCAUACAGUGCCUGCCCUUUGGCUGCUCCGUGCUGAAACAAAUCGUCACAUGCACGUUGAAGGUUUCCACGACAUCAUGAAGCAAUUAGCUUCUUGGAUACAUCAAAUCUAGGACGUUUGAUUAGCAGAAGCAGCGGAAAAGGAAAUACAGACAGGCCUGACUGGCAUGCGUCUUUGUGAGCAGCAUAUUUUUUUUUUGUUAAAAGGAGUUUUUUGUUGUUUUUGUUUAGUUUCAAGCACAGUUUUUGUUUUUGUACUUUUAUUGCUGUGCUUCCUUUAAAAUAAAGAAAAAUAUUUCUAGUUUGCUAUGGUAUGGUAUUAGAAGGCCUUUCCAUACAAAACGCUUUUAUAACUGCCCGCUUUCUGGAAGGGGCUUGGGAUGAAACAGUUUGUUUUUGCUCCUGGCAAAAAUAAAUUAUUUUACGGGUGA